CACAAAAUACAGCAAAUAUUAAUCGUUGCAACGAUAAUGGACAAACAAAUACUACAUGCAUGUAUCAGACAUGUCGUAUUGUUACUUUGCAUAGUAACGGACACAACAGUUGGAAAACCUAAGGAUUAUGAUGUAAGGCUCCGUGGAGGUGACAAAAAUUAUGGUCGCGUUGAGGUGUACUACAAUGGAUCGUGGGGUCGGGUCUGUAAUUGGUAUUGGGACAUUGCAGAUGCAAGGGUUGUGUGUAAACAAUUAGGAUUUGAUCCCGCCGAAACCACAGUACCAGCACUGAGUGGUUGGUUAGAUCCUAGUUGGUGGUGGCAUAAACUGCCGUAUGAGAACUAUGUUCAAUAUGGGAAAGGAUCUAACAAGUUCACAUUAAGCGAGGUGAACUGUAACGGAACAGAAGAUCACAUCUCUCAUUGCAAACAUGAACCAUGGGGGAGUAAAAUCUAUCGCUGUAAAGAAGAGGAAUACAAAGAUGCAAUUGCCACGUGCAAGACAACCAUCCGGCUAAAAAGUGGAAAGCCGCCGUUUGGGAGGAAAAAAACUAAAUCGUCGGGGAAGUUGGAAAUCAAGAUAAAGGGCAAAUGGAGAUCUGUUUGUUAUUCUACCAUGUUAGACCAGAGAGCUGCUAAAUAUUUCUGUGAUCUGUUGGGUAUCAAAUCUGAAAACCCGUUUGUAUUCGGUGAUCAAUUUUUUGGGCCAGCCAAGAAAAAGAAAAUGAAAACAUGGUGGGUAUCUUGGUCUUGUGCCGAUGGCUAUUGUAUCAUUGAUAACAACAAGAAUACUUGGGAAACUUGCGCAAUCAACCAAUAUGCCAGCCUGAAGUGCUAUAACAAAGAACCCAAAGAUACAGUCCCAGAACUGCGACUUUCUGGGGGCACAAAUCAUUCUGGCACGUUGGAGAUGAAGAGAUUUGGUGUAUGGGGCGGUAUAUCUGUCAGGGGUAAAUUCGAUAUUCGGCCGGAAAUAAACAGAGCUGCUAAAGUUGCUUGUCGACAGUUGGGAUUUGAAGCAAAAGAAUAUGCAUUCAAAACUAAUCAUGAUAGAAAAAGACAUACCACUUUGAUUUGGCUUCUCCAUGUAUUAUGCUCUGGUAAUGAAAACAAUAUUUUGGCGUGUGAUCACAAGAAAUGGGGAGAACCCCUUCAUAGUGGAGUGGAUCCAUACCCUGUCUAUGUAACAUGUAUGACCCCACUGAAACUGAAACAAAAGACUAAUUCUUACACCGGGGAACUUUAUAUCUUUCUUGAUGGUUGGAGGCGGGUGUGUCUUAAAGGCUGGACCACACCCACAUUGAUGUUGGCUUGUAGAUAUCUUGGCUUGGAAUGGCGUUAUGCAGAUGUGAUAUUGACAGAUUCAACUGUUGAAGGUUAUGAUGAAUGGUAUGAAGAUGGAACUCGAUGUCAGGGUCACGAGGAAACAUUAUCCAAGUGUGCACCCGGGGGCCAUUGUGCUUUAAGUACGGAAAAAUUAAGGUUAUUGACCUGCCCAGAUACGCCAAAAACAGUGCUAGGUAAAUUGAACGUACGGCUGCUACUAACAGAUCAUGGUGAAAUGACCGUACAGGUUGGAGAGAAAUGGCUACCUAUGUGUAAUAGUAACUGGAAUGAAGGUGGUGCAAUGGUGGCAUGCAGACAACUUGGAUUUAAUCCAGCAAAUGGGCAAAAUUUUGGAACAUCUUUAAAUCAUCGGCAUGAAAGAGUCAUAGUUACAGACAUGAAUUGUACGGGACAAGAGACAAACCUAAAUGAAUGUACUUUUACCAAAUGGAAAAUUGUAACGAUUGGAAGUUUUGAAAAUGCAUGCAGAUCGGUACAGGACGGUGUGAAUAUAGGAUGUACGGAUAAAUCAAUAAAGGCACGCUUGGUAGGAGGCUCUGACAAAUAUUCAGGGCGUGUAGAAAUAUGGCAUAAAAAUGCAUGGAAAAAAGUAUGUGGACGUUUUGUUGAUGCUGGGUAUUAUGAGACUAAGGCUCAAGCGAUUUGUGACGACAUUGGACGCCCAAGACAAUAUGCAAGAUAUUACAAGUCGAACUAUUUCGGAAAGGCCACGUCCGCUUCAGCAGUGCAGAUUAACUGUUAUAGUGGUGAAAAGUUAGACGUUUGUGGAAUUUAUGAGACCAACUGCACUGAUGAAUACAAUUAUGAUUAUUAUGAUUUCGCUGUUGCUUGCUUUGAUCACAAUCCAGGAUUGCACGAAUAUCUGCAGCCUUGGACACUUGGCUAUGAUUUGGGCGACAUCAAUGGGAGAAAAGAUGGCAUUGUUGUAGUGAAUAGAGAAUACAAGCAUGGCAGAAAAGAGCACACGAUAUGUGGCGGGGAUACUUGGACCAGAAAUGAAGCUCAAGUUGUAUGCAGACAGUUGGGAUACGACCCAGUCGAUGCGACGGUGGACAACUUUCCAUUUCUCCAAUGUUACGGGGGCGAUACGAUAAUAAUGAGUGAUGUCAACUGUACUGGAGAUGAACGUAGUCUAGCAGAGUGUAGUUUCAAUCUGGGAAAUAAUAUAUC